CGCCGGAAUAUCAUUUCUUCCGGAUCCCUGACCUUCCAGAAAUGCCAGGUGGCCCGCGACUUUCAAGUUUUGUUCGCGUUAUAAUCCCCCAUACUCAACGAUUUCUCCAUAUCGAACAGUAUCCGGCAAGAUGGUGUCUCCUCAAAUUACCAACCUCGCCAUCAUCUUGGUGAUGAUGCAACUGGCCAAGAAGGUUCCCUUUGAGGAUCCUCAGGUCUUGAUGUUGGUGCGCGGAUGCUACAUCUUGUCCAAUGUCCUCAUCCUGGCUGUCCACCUAUACACCCAGUUUAAGAUUAAUCAAAAGAAGGACAUGACCACCCUCAAGUAUGUUGAGCCCGCCGCGAUGGGUAGCACCGAGGAGCCCAAGCCCGUGACCACCACCAACAUGGACUACGACAAGGCUCAGCUGCGCCAGUUACUCCGCAGCCAGCUUAUGGGAGUCGGCAUGAUGGGUGUAAUGCACCUGUACUUCCAGUACACCAACCCCCUCCUCAUCCAGUCGAUGAUCCCCCUCAAGGGCGCCUUCGAGUCCAACCUGGCCAAGAUCCACGUCUUCGGCAAGCCCGCUACUGGUGAUCUCGCUCGUCCCUUCAAGGCCGCCGGUGGCUUCAUGUCCCAGGGUGGACCCAAGAGUGACAAGGCCUCCAUUGAGGCUGCCGAGAAGAACUGGCGUGGUGGUGUCAAGGAGGAAUAAAUUCAAAUGCUGGGUUGCUCUCGGCCAUCAAUUGAU